AUGGCCUCGUCUCGUUGGUGGCUCUAUGUGCAGGCCAUCUUUUGGCGGUUUCUGAUGCGCAUCGGCAUGUUCCUGCACGAGAUCGGCCCUCCCCGACCUCCCCGACCGUUAUUCACCCGUACCGUUCACUCCGACUCCGAUUGUCAUCCCGUCGUCCUCCACUUCUACUGUCCACCAAAUUACCACGAACAACGAAGGCUAGGCCAUCGCUUUCCCGUCGCCGUUAACUUUCACGGCGGUGGUUUCACGCUUGGCGCCGCUACGGAUGAUUCUCGCUGGGCGAAAAUAGUGCUGGACAAUGUCGGGGCCGUGAUGGUGAGUGUCAGCUACCGACGAGCCCCGGAGCACCCCUUCCCUGCGGCAGUAGACGAUGGAGUCGAGGCACUACUAUAUCUCGCUACACAUGCCAGCGAACUGGGAUUGGAUGUGAGUCGCGUGGCACUGAGCGGGUUCUCGGCAGGCGGUAACCUGGCUGUCACGGUGCCCUUACGGCUGCGUGGCCGAAUCUCCACGGAAGUGAAGGAACAUUUGGGUCGAGCGGAAUCCACACAAAAUUUGCUCAGUCAGGUCAGCGAUCUUAACAUUGUUGCCUUGUUCUGCUGGUACCCGAUUCUCGACUUUGAAGAAUCUCGCGACCACCGGCGUGCUAUGAGUAUGAUGCCGGAUAAGACUCUCCCAGCAUUUUUCACCACCCUCUUUGAUGAGGCUUAUCUUCCUGAUUUGGCCGAACGUGCUUCCCCCUAUGCCUCUCCAGUCCACGCAUCUGACCGUAUUCUGUCUGAAGCUCUUCCCCGCGACGUGUUUUUCUUCAUCUGCGAGUGGGACAUGUUGAUGAAGGAGGGUCAAGCUUUCGUUCGCCGCUUAGAAGGCCUUGGUAAACGCCCGCGUGCCAUGCUAAUCGAGAAAGCCCGGCAUGCAUGGGACAAGUCAGCCAAUCCGUGGCGGGACCAGAAAAGCGUCGACGUUUUAUACCGCGAUGCGUGUGCAGAUAUGAAGGCCAUCUUCGACCGGUGA